AUCAUGGACACGAGUUGGGUGCAACCCAUCAAGCUUGCCAGGGUCCCCAAGGUGCUGGGCAGGACCGCUUCCCAGGGACAGUGCACGCAGGUGCGCGUGGGAUUCGUGGAUGACACGAGCCACCGCAUCAUCCACAGUGUGAACGGCCCCAUGCAGGAGGGCGACGUGCUCACCCUGCUGGAGUCGGAGCGGGAGGCUCAGACGCUGCGCUGA